ACGAGGAGCUCACAUCCGGAAAGAAAAGGAAUCAUCGCCCAUCUUCCGUCUUUCAGUUUGUAGUGGCUUUAGCGGCAGGGCGAGAGGCCUGCUGUCGUUGAAAUUAAUCUAUUUCAACCGGGUUCAUCCCUCAAUCAAAAUGGUCCAAAAGAAGCCCAAGAAGAAGGUAACCGGAAAGAAGGUGGCCGCAGCUCCCCUGGCUGUGAAGAAACCCGACGUGAAGAAGGUUGUCAACCCUCUUUUCGAGAAGAGGCCUAGGAACUUUGGCAUUGGUCAGGAUAUCCAGCCUUCUCGCGACUUGAGCCGCUUCGUGCGCUGGCCUAGGUACAUCCGCAUCCAGCGUCAGAAGAAUGUCCUCCAGAAGCGUCUCAAGGUUCCCCCUCCAAUCAACCAGUUCACACAGACCUUGGACAAGCAGACAGCUGUCUCCAUUUUCAAGAUGCUUGACAAGUACCGCCCUGAGACUGCUGCUGCCAAGAAAGCUCGUCUCCAAGCUCGUGCUGAAAAGAAGGUUGCCACUAAGGAGGACUCCCCCACCAAGAGACCCAACACUGUCCGUUCUGGCAUCAACACUGUUGUCAAGCUAGUUGAACAGAAGAAGGCUCAGCUUGUGUGCAUUGCCAAUGAUGUAGAGCCCAUCGAACUCGUCGUCUUCUUACCUGCCCUCUGCCGCAAGAUGGGAGUGCCUUACUGCAUUGUGAAGGGCAAGGCCCGUCUUGGUGUUGUUGUUAACCGCAAGACUUGUGCUGCUCUUUGCUUGACCCAGGUUGAAUCUGGUGAUCGGGCACAGUUCUCCAAACUGGUUGAGACUGUGAAGACUAACUUCAACGACCGGUCUGAAGAAAUCAGAAAACACUGGGGCGGUGGUGUGCUUGGCUCAAAGUCUGCUGCCAAGAUUGCCAAGUUGGAAAGGAGUAAGCAGAAGGAAAUGGCCCAGAAGCAGGGCUAAAGUAAUAAAGAACUAUGUAAAAUUA